GGGACUACAAGCAGUGCAGAGAAGAGGAAAAACGUUUAAAUUAAACUAUUUUACCUGUAAUUCAUCACUUGCAUGUGUUUAGAGCUGAACAAAUGUAACUGUGAAUGGGAGACAGAUUGUCAAGGAACGCUAUUGUGGGUAUUUUCUGCAGUGAGGAGAAGAGGGAGGACGUCAACCAGAAUCAGAGCUCCAACGACAAGGACCCUAAGACACACAGCAAGCCCAAGAAGGUGAGGAGGGAUGUGGAGAAGGAGAUGCUGGAGUCUUCAUCCUCCCCUCCUCCUCCUCCUCCAGCCCAGCAGCCCUGUUCAGACCAGGAACAGCUCCAGCUAGCCGAUGCUGAGGCGGGGCCCUCGGAGCCCAUGGUCGCUGCAGCUGGCGAGGCCUCGGGUCUCUCUGAGUCCUCUCCUUCGCCCAAACAGAGGAGGUCCAUCAUCAGGGACCGAGGUCCGCUCUACGACGACCCCUCUCUACCACAGGGCUGGACACGUAAACUCAAACAACGCAAGUCUGGGCGGUCCGCCGGGAAGUUUGACGUCUAUUUGAUGAACCCCGAGGGGAAAGCUUUCCGAUCCAAGGUGGAGCUGAUCGCCUACUUCCAGAAGGUUGGGGACACCACCACCGACCCCAACGACUUCGACUUCACCGUAACCGGGCGUGGCAGCCCCUCCCGCCGCGAGAAGAGACCCCAGAAGAAACCCAAAGUGGUGAAACCGUCGGGGAGGGGCAGGGGCCGGCCGAAGGGGAGUGGAAAGCUACGCCCGGCUACGGAGGGUGUGGCGAUGAAGCGUGUGGUGGAGAAGAGUCCUGGGAAGCUCCUGGUUGAGAUGCCGUUUGGAGUGUCCAAGGCAUCCGAGACAGCUGGGCAGACCUCGGAGCUGGUCGUAGUCACCAAGAAACGCCCGGGACGGAAAAGGAAAGCGGAGAUACCACCGCAGACUGCUCUGAAAAAGCGGGGGUGUAAGCCAGGGUCGGGGGCGACUGGGUCGACGCUGUCAGCAGCUUCUGGUGCGGUGGGUUCCAGUACUUCCUCAUACGCAGCGGCUGCUAUCCUCGCCGCAGAAGCCAAGAGGAAAGCUCAGAAGGAGUCUUCCGCUAAGCCGGUGCAGCAGACCGCUCUGCCCAUUAAGAAACGCAAGACCAGAGAAACUGUUGAGGAGACUAAGGAGACUCCAGCCAUCACCACGGCAUUGCUCGGGGCAGGGGGUGGUGGUGGGGCAGGAACUGUAAUGGGGACAGGGAAUGGUGAUGGGGCAGGAACUGUGAUAGGGAUGGGGGCAGGGAGUGGUGGUGGGGCUGGAACUGUGAUGGGGACAGGGAAUGGUGAUGGGGCAGGAACUGUGAUAGGGAUGGGGGCAGGGAGUGGUGGUGGGGCUGGAACUCUGAUAGGGACGGGGACUGGGAGUGGUGGUGGGGCAGGAACUGGGAUGGGAACAGGGAGUGGUGAUGGGGCAGGAACUGGGAUGGGAACAGGGAGUGGUGGUGGGGCAGGAACUGGGAUGGGAACAGGGAGUGGUGGUGGGGCAGGAACUGGGAUGGGAACAGGGAGUGGUCUGGCUGUGGUGGCAACAGAAGGGACAGAGCAGGGACACAAGCUGCCAAAGAGUCCAGGGAGGAAGCACAAGGACAGUCCCCUGGCAGCAACGGUUACCACGGAGACCAGUGGUGUGUCUGAAAGGUGGCCCAGCGGAGGCAGCAGUAGUAUCACUACUCCAAAGAGCCACAGCCACAAGAGAAAGGAGCGUACGCCGCACAAACACCAUCACCACCACCGUCAUCAUCACACACACUCCUCUGUAGUGGAGGAUCCUCCUCCCCCACCCUUCCAGCGGCCCCCUCACCACCACUUCCCCGGCCUGACUAUGGGGCUGGUCUCCCAUACAUCCAGGUCCUCGGUGGGGCCAGGGGCCCUCCAACAGAACAAGCCCCAGGACCUGAGCACCUCUAGGGGACCCUGCCGGGCCAGCAGCAGGCCAGAGGGCCAAACCACGACCAGAGGAGAGAGGGGAGAGGUCAGCUCGGCUGCGGUGGUAGUAGUGGGAACGAGUGACACCAGAGGCAACAGAAAUCGAGCAGACGAGGUAGCGGGGACAGUGGUAGGGAGGGAUUUGAGAGACAUUGUACCCUCCUCAGCAGUACCGAGGCCCAGCCGGGAGGAGAUGGUCUCUGCUGUGCCCAGGCCCAGCCGGGAGGAGAUGGUCUCUGCUGUGCCCAGGCCCAGCCGGGAGGAGAUGGUCUCUGCUGUGCCCAGGCCCAGCCGGGAGGAGAUGGUCUCUGCUGUGCCCAGGCCCAGCCGGGAGGAGAUGGUCUCUGCUGUGCCCAGGCCCAGCCGGGAGGAGAAGGUCUCUGCUGUGCCCAGGCCCAGCCGGGAGGAGACGGUCUCUGCUGUGCCCAGGCCCAGCCGGGAGGAGACGGUCUCUGCUGUGCCCAGGCCCAGCCGGGAGGAGACGGUCUCUGCUGUGCCCAGGCCCAGCCGGGAGGAGACGGUCUCUGCUGUGCCCAGGCCCAGCCGGGAGGAGAUGGUCUCUGCUGUGCCCAGGCCCAGCCGGGAGGAGACGGUCUCUGCUGUGCCCAGACCUAGCCGGGAGGAGACGGUCUCUGCUGUGCCCAGGCCCAGCCGGGAGGAGACUGUCUCUGCUGUGCCCAGACCCAGCCGGGAGGAGACUGUCUCUGCUGUGCCCAGGCCCAGCCGGGAGGAGACGGUCUCUGCUGUGCCCAGGCCCAGCCGGGAGGAGAUGGUCUCUGCUGUGCCCAGGCCCAGCCGGGAGGAGACGGUCGAGUCUCGGACACCGGUCACUGAAAGGGUUAGUUGACUGUAUGGUAGGACCCCUGUCUGUAAGGAGAAAAGGAGCCGUGUAGAGGAGCAGUGGGUUUUAUAAGACAACAGAAAAGGACGUGUACAUUGAAACACAAGGCAGCUAGCUGUUGGGUGAUUGUUCUUUCUGUGGGUUGGGCCUGUUUAUUGACAGGUAGCGCAGCUUAAUGGUCAACCCACAACAGAUUGCUUCCUGAUAAAUGAACUUAUUAUUAUUAUUAUUAUUAUUAUUAUUAUUAUUAUUAUUUUCCUUUGUUUGGUCAUUGUCUUGUUCUCUGUUUUGCUCUUUUAAAACCUGUUGUCAUUCGACCCAUCCAAACCGACCCAGAAGCCUUUGCUUAAAAAUCUCACAGGAAGUGCAGGACCUACACUUCCGGUGCCAUCAUCAGACGGAAACCAUGGUAACCACGAUGAUGACUCAUGAACCUCAAUCAUUCAGUUCUUCACUGUGGUUUUAAGAUAGCGUAUAUAAAAUGUAAAAAAAAAAAAAAAAAAAAAAAAAAAGGCAUGUGUCCUGUCUGUAGUUCGCUCACAGGUGGUCUUUUCCAACGUUGUGGCUCGAAGCGGCACAACACACACAGGUCAUACAAGCUUCCACUGCUUCUUCUUCUGUUGUAGCAUCCUCUGUUUACUGCAGUACGCUCAGCGUCCAGUCCAUCGACGCUUUGCUCUAGGUCCCAGAGGGCGCCCUAUUCCCUAAUAAUACGAUGCUUUUGACCAGAACAUUAUGGGCCCUGGGUCUAAAGUAGUGGGCUGGAAGUAGUGCACUGAAUAGGGAAUCAUUUGGGACACAGUUGGGUUUCCAGUCUUCGCUCUACAGUCAGCAUAUUAAUUUAGGUGACAUGUGUUUUCCUCGUUGGCCUAUAUUAUGUAGAUGCCAAGUCUUCUCUGUGUGUGUGUGUGUGUGUGUGAUGUCGAUCAUCUCCUAUAUACAGUAGUCUCAGUCUGAAACAGCAGCCUAUUCCCUACACAGGGAGAGACAAGUAUUCUCCCCAAGCAGGCUGGAGGUUUUUUCUCUUCCCCUUCACACAGAGACAAGAGGUACUUGAUGAUCAGAGAGAUUAUGAUUAAGUUAGAAUGUUAAUGGGGCCCAGGAAAGCAAUAGGGCUGAGUAUAUAGGAUGUGGCCCAGGCAGCAAUAGGGCUGAGUAUAUAGGAUGUUAAUAGGGCUGAGUAUAUAGGAUGUUGAUGGGGCCCAGACAGCAAUAGGGCUGAGUAUAUAGGAUGUGGCCCAGGCAGCAAUAGGGCUGAGUAUAUAGGAUGUUGAUGGGGCCCAGGCAGCAAUAGGGCUGAGUAUAUAGGAUGUUGAUGUGGCCCAGGAAGCAAUAGGGCUGAGUAUAUAGGAUGUUGAUGGGGCCCAGGCAGCAAUAGGGCUGAGUAUAUAGGAUGUGGCCCAGGCAGCAAUAGGGCUGAGUAUAUAGGAUGGGGCCCAGGAAGCAAUAGGGCUGAGUAUAUAGGAUGUUGAUGGGGCCCAGGCAGCAAUAGGGCUGAGUAUAUAGGAUGUUGAUGUGGCCCAGGAAGCAAUAGGGCUGAGUAUAUAGGAUGUUGAUGGGGCCCAGGCAGCAAUAGGGCUGAGUAUAUAGGAUGUGGCCCAGGCAGCAAUAGGGCUGAGUAUAUAGGAUGGGGCCCAGGAAGCAAUAGGGCUGAGUAUAUAGGAUGUGGCCCAGGCAACAAUAGGGCUGAGUAUAUAGGAUGGGGCCCAGGCAGCAAUAGGGCUGAGUAUAUAGGAUGUGGCCCAGGCAGCAAUAGGGCUGAGUAUAUAGGAUGGGGCCCAGGCAGCAAUAGGGUUGAGUAUAUAGGAUGGGGCCCAGGCAGCAAUAGGGCUGAGUAUAUAGGAUGUGGCCCAGGAAGCAAUAGGGCUGAGUGUAUAUAGGAUGGGGCCCAGGCAGCAAUAGGGCUGAGUAUAUAGGAUGUGGCCCAGGCAGCAAUAGGGCUGAGUAUAUAGGAUGGGGCCCAGGCAGCAAUAGGGCUGAGUAUAUAGGAUGGGGCCCAGGCAGCAAUAGGGCUGAGUAUAUAGGAUGUGGCCCAGGACGCAAUAGGGCUGAGUAUAUAGGAUGGGGCCCAGGCAGCAAUAGGGCUGAGUAUAUAGGAUGUGGCCCAGGAAGCAAUAGGGCUGAGUAUAUAGGAUGUGGCCCAGGAAGCAAUAGGGCUGAGUAUAUAGGAUGUGGCCCAGGCAGCAAUAGGGCUGAGUAUAUAGGAUGUGGCCCAGGAAGCAAUAGGGCUGAGUAUAUAGGAUGGGACCCAGGCAGCAAUAGGGCUGAGUAUAGACCUUCUCCAAUUAUUCCUGAGGCUGUAUCCCAAAUGGCACCCUGUUCCCUGUAUAGUGCAGUAAUCUUUACCAGAGCCCUGUGGGCCAUCUAAAGUAGUGCACUACAAAGGGAAGGGGGUGUCAUUUGGGACGGAAGACGGAAGCGUUGAAAUGGAAACCUCUUGAUGCAGACAACACUUCCUAUCUGAAUGGUUGAGGUGAUGAAACCCCAGGGUUUUAGAGGCCUAGAUACACCCAUGAUGUGUGUUGGCUCACAUUGUUCACCAAGUCACUAGGUGUUGCCAGCAGCUUGACGACCUCUACUGAAAAACAAGUUGAAUUUUCUUUCAAGGCUCUUAAGAAUUCCAAUUCUACUGACGUUUUGGAAGCUGUGUCGUCCUACAGAAAACAAUAGGAUUCAUUUAAACCUAUACGUUUUCCCCAGUAACAUGAAUUAGCCAGUAAAUGGAACUGUUUCCCACAGUCUGAUAGGAAGCUAAAAAGCACAACAGGACCCAAGACAUGAUUAUGGACGCGCCGUAGAUUUCUGGACCCCAGUCCUGUAUUUUGUCAAUACCUAUCAGAAGUUUUUUGAUAUUUAAAUUAUUUCCAAAAUAACAUAAAAAGCCCAACCCCACUGAAGGAAUUUGUUUUUGUGUUUGAAAAAAAAAAAAAAAAAAAAA